AUGUCGGAUAGAUAUAGUUUUUCAUUAACAACUUUUUCACCUUCGGGCAAGCUUGUUCAAAUUGAGUAUGCAUUGAAUGCGGUUGCUCAAGGUGUAACAAGCAUUGGUAUUAAAGCUACAAAUGGUGUUGUUGUUGCUACUGAGAAAAAGACAGCUUCACCAUUGAUUGAUGAUUCAUCACUUGAAAAAGUUGCAAAUGUUUGUCCAAAUAUUGGUAUAGUUUAUUCUGGAAUGGGACCAGACUUUAGAGUACUAUUGACAAAGGCAAGAAAGGCAGCUCAAAAAUAUAAAAGGAUAUAUAAUGAGUAUCCACCAACAGGAAUAUUGGUUAAAGAAGUUGCUAGUGUAAUGCAAGAAUUUACUCAAAGUGGAUAUAAUGAUGAUAUUGGAUUGGAAGAUGCAGUUCAUACUUCAAUUUUAACAUUAAAAGAAGGAUUUGAAGGACAAAUGACUGAAAAUUCUAUUGAAAUUGGAAUUAUUGGUGGUGAUACAACAGGAUUUAUGGAAGGCAAGGAACAACCAUUAUUUAGAAAAUUGUCUCCUUCAGAAGUAAAAAGCAAAGAUAAACAAAUGAUUUAG